CUGGGUUCAGUCAUUUUCAUAGCGGACAAUGACUCGUUUUCUCCUAUUUGCUCUUCUGGCAACAAUUAUAUGCUUUAUUGCGAAGACCUACCAAGUAGAAGGACAGCUUACUUAUAACUGGAAGAAAUUCAAUCGUCCGUCGAGUGGCCGUAGACUGCCAAAAAAGCCCGGACGCUCAGUAUUUAACGUAAGUAUUGUACCAAGUAGUAUGUCACACUAAUUCCUUGAGACAUUGCCUGGGCAUCAGUGUUUUUUUUUCCUCGCCUAAAAACGGUAACACCAUAGUUCUUCUGCCGGCCGAAACCAAGAGCGAAACUCUUGGCGUGGGUCUCUACAAAGACUUACAUGACUGAGACCGGCAGCCAGAUUAUCAAGACGGCACUAUUGAAUUUAGAAUUUCAAUCAAACUAUGUCACUUAUUAAAAUGGGACUGUUCAGGAAAUUCUUUUCAGUAAUGAUGCUGAUGAUUUGUGUUCCUGUAACUUACCUGUUGAGAAAUGAAAGAAGUUAGUAUAUUCUUCUGCUCGAAUUUCAAAAGUGACGAAAUAAUGGAAUUUAAUACCCUAAUCAAUGUUGUGAGGCACAGUCCCUUGAAACAACCAUUUGGCAGCAUGUCCAUACUGCACAUGCGCAUAAUCUUUUUUUUCUUCUUUUUCUUCUUCUAAAGAGGGCGUACAUGGUUGAGGUAUUCUUGUUUUUGAUUUGGCUGCCGUUCGUACAUGAGUGUUUCUGAUUUCAGCUAAACGAAAAACAUAGAUUAGAAUUUUCAGUUUAACAGUAAUAUAAAAGAAAACGCCCUAUUUCGGACCAGCUGGCUAAGAUACAAAUCCUUCCUUCAGAGGGAAAGAAUAUUUCCCAUUUUAUAAUGUUUUAUAUGACGCGGGCAGACUGUCGUUGAUACGAUCACGUGACCAACCAAACUAUUUAGCAUCGACUCACAGGCACAACGAUAAAGAUUUUUCUUUUUUCUUGGCUUAUGUUCGGGUUUUGUGUGUGAAAACGAAACGUAGUACACAACGGUCUGUUUCAGUGCGGGCCAAUGAAUCCCCUGGAUCCAGUAUACUCGCCUCAAAAGAGCGCUUUACCGCCAAUAUUUUGGCUUCACACAAGACUGACAUGUUGUACAUGAACUUAGCAUAAGCACUUGUUACUGAGUACCAUCCAUGAUUACAUGGCGGUGGGGAACGCCAGGUAGGUGAGGUAACCCCAUUCUCCAUAUAGUCUCUCGUUUUAAUUUGAUUGCAUUUAUAUGGUAGGUGGGGUGGUUUGGGUAGCCCGGUCUUCCAGACUGGGUAACCUUCUCAGCUGUGGUCAAACUUUGCCAUGUGAACGUUUCAAGGUGGGGUAACCCGCCUACCCGGGAUCGGAUUCGUGAUUCAUCAAAUUCGCGCUAAAUUCACUUUGGCCGUGGCAAAGACGUACUUAGCGACCAUUCAAUAAUCUCGAGAAAGUGUACCCCGGGAUGGCGGGGUCGUAAGAUUGCAUGUAAAAACGUGGGUUGUUUUUUUCACCCCCACCUAAGCGUCUUACCUCACUUACCUGGGAUCCCAUGUAAACAGGUUCUUACUUAUAUGUAUCUUGUGGUCUAUAAGGAUUUUUGCAUAAUCAAAAACAAGAGGAAGCACGUUUAAAGUUUCGACAAUAUUUUUUUCUCAAAAUUUCUUAAAGGAACAUAUAUUACAGUUCAAGUACAAAUAAAGAGAACUUAAGGAUUAAAAGUGCAAGCUUGGCGUUUAGAAUCCGUCCGAAUAGAUUGGGCUACAAACAAACGAAAACGCAAUCUAGCUUUGGGUUUGAUUUUCCUGGGAGAACUGCAAACUCACGCAUUAUGGGCGAUUCAAUUCCUCGAAUUCGCACAAGUGAGCCUGCUAGCAGAAUAAAUGUGCCCUUUGUAGUUUCACGCGGUCACAUGGUACAAAAACACUUUGAGAGGACGCAAUUGAUGUCGCAGUGUGACUUUAAAAGAGAAGAAAAUUAGCAUGUCAGGUGAUGCUCUCUCUCUCCCUCUGUUUUGCUCUUCUUGCCCCAUUGUGUCAUUUGCAGCCCAACAAUACAAGUGUCCAGUGAAUGUUACCUGAAAAGGGCCCAUUGGCCAGUUAACUCAUUUUAAUUAAAAUAUGAGUCAUCUGUCACAGCCCAUUGAGUAUUUUAUUUGCCGAACUUGAAUUUUAUGAUUUAAUCUUUUAGAGUUAUACAAGAAAAAGGGCCAUUCCAGCUGGAGAUUGUAAAAAUGAACACCAGAGUGCCAAACAGAGCGAACAGGAGACGGACGAAACCACACGACGAAGGCUAAUGUUCAUCACAAAACUCCUCCAAUCUCUCACCUAAGUCGGCU